CAUGCUUCCCGCCCAGCCCAGAGUCCGGGGCUCCGCGCUCCGCUGCCGGCGGAGAGAACUACAUUUCCCAGGCCAACCAGAGCUGCCCUUAUGUGACUUCUUGGCGUGGCGGCUGACGAGACCAAGCGUGCCUCGAGGCCGGAGGGCGACCCUGAGGAGGGGAAUGAUGCCGCCGGUGGUGGGGGGAGGCCUGGCAGCGUCUGAGCUGCGCCCCCAACGGGGCCGCUGUGUGCCCCAGGCUGCUAGGGCCGUGGGCCUGGCCGCAGAAGAUGCAGCGCGAAGCCCCAAACGGCUUGCUCGGAGCUCGCGGCGCUUCGAGGUGGCCGGCGGGUGGGCCCUGCUGGCCCUGGUGACGCUGCUGUCCUUCGCCACUCGCUUCUAUCGUCUGGACCAGCCUCCUCACAUCUGUUGGGAUGAGACUCACUUUGGAAAAAUGGGAAGUUACUACAUCAACCGCACCUUUUUCUUUGAUGUGCACCCUCCUCUGGGAAAGAUGCUGAUAGGUCUUGCUGGCUACCUGAGUGGAUAUGAUGGUACCUUUUUGUUCCAAAAGCCUGGAGACAAAUAUGAGCAUCACAGAUACAUUGGAAUGAGAGGAUUCUGUGCAUUCCUAGGUUCCUGGCUGAUCCCCUUUGCCUACCUCACUGUAUUGGAGCUGUCCAAGUCCCUCCCAGCAGCCCUGGUUACUGCUGCCCUCCUCCUCUUUGACACAGGAUGCCUCACCCUGUCCCAGUACAUUCUCCUUGACCCCAUCCUGAUGUUCUUCAUCAUGGCAGCCAUGCUGAGCAUGGUCAAGUACAACUCCUUCGCGGACAGGCCCUUCUCUGCCCCCUGGUGGUUCUGGAUCAGCCUGACUGGUGUGAGUCUCGCUGCUGCUAUAGGGGUCAAGUUUGUUGGCCUCUUUAUCAUCUUGCAUGUGGGGUUGAACACCAUUUCAGAACUUUGGCACCUGUUUGGAGACCUCAGUCUUUCACUGGCGACUCUGGGGAAACACCUGGCUGCUCGCAUCCUGUGCCUCAUAGUGCUGCCCUUGGCGCUCUACAUGGCCACUUUUGCUGUUCAUUUCGUGGUGCUGAAUAAAAGUGGUCCUAGUGAUGGCUUCUUCAGUUCUGCCUUCCAGGCCCGCCUUUCAGGGAACAACCUUCACAAUGCCUCUAUCCCUGAACACCUGGCCUACGGCUCCAUCAUCACGGUGAAGAACCUCCGGAUGGCCAGCGGCUAUCUCCAUUCCCACAGGCACCUCUACCCCGAGGGCAUUGGUGCCCGCCAGCAGCAGGUCACCACUUAUUUGCACAAGGACUACAACAACCUGUGGAUUGUCAAGAAACAUAAUACAGACUCAGAUCCCCUAGACCCUUCAUUCCCAGUGGAGUUUGUGAGACAUGGAGACAUCAUUCGACUAGAACACAAAGAGACUACUCGGAACUUGCAUAGUCACUAUCACGAGGCCCCACUGACCCGGAAGCACUAUCAGGUCACUGGCUAUGGCAUAAAUGGGACAGGAGACUCGAAUGAUUUUUGGCGGAUUGAAGUUGUAAACAGAAAAUCUGAAAACCGGAUCAAAGUGCUGAGAAGUCGAAUUCGCCUCAUCCAUCUGGUCACAGGUUGUGUCCUGGGCUCCUCAGGAAAGUCCCUGCCAAAGUGGGGCUGGGAGCAGUUAGAAGUUACUUGUACUCCAUACCUAAAGGAAACCCUCAACUCCAUCUGGAACGUGGAAGACCAUUUCAAUCCCAAAUUGCCAAACAUCAGCCUGGAUGUGCUGAAGCCCAGUUUUCCUGAGAUCUUGCUGGAGUCCCACAUGGUCAUGAUCCGGGGGAACAAUGGCCUCAAACCCAAGGACAAUGAAGUCACCUCCAAACCUUGGCACUGGCCUAUCAACUAUCAGGGCCUGCGCUUCUCGGGGACCAAUGAUACUGACCUCCGAGUCUACCUGCUUGGCAACCCGGUGGUUUGGUGGCUGAAUCUGUUGAGCAUUGCCCUCUACCUCCUCUCAGGGGGCGUCAUUUCCUUGGCUCUGCAGAGAGGUGCACACCUGCCAGCAGAAGUUGAAGGGCUGUCCCAGGUCCUGCUGCGAGGAGGCGGGCAGGUCUUGCUUGGCUGGAUGCUCCAUUACUUCCCAUUCUUCUUGAUGGGCCGGAUCCUCUACUUCCACCACUACUUCCCAGCCAUGCUCUUCUCCUGCAUGUUGACAGGCAUUCUGUGGGACACCCUGCUGCGGCUCUGUGCCUGGCGCCUGGCCUCUUCUUCUCUGGCCAAGGGCAUCCAUUCAUUGGGAAUCCUGAGCCUACUCCUGGGAACCGCCUAUAGCUUCUACCUCUUCCAUCCCCUGGCUUAUGGGAUGGUUGGUCCCCCAGCCCAGAGCCCCCAAAGUCCAAUGGCAGGACUAAGGUGGUUGGAAUCAUGGGACUUCUGAGGCCACUGCAGGGACUCCAGUUUGGGUCCAGGAGCCAGUCCCUUGGUCCUCCAGACUAUGCUGAAAGCUGCCUGAGGAGCCUGAAACUCUGCUGCCUGCCAGGACCAGCCUCUGGGAGUGAACCCUGAAUGGAUUUAGCCCAACCCUGGAGACUACAACUCCUUGUCUGCAGAGAUUUUACAGCUGAGGGUGGCUCAGCAACCAAGGACAACAUCUCUCAGGCCCAUUUCCCUGAGGGGGCAGUAUGAGGGAGAAUGAGUGUGCAAGAGGUGGGUGGAAAUGUGUGGGAGUGUGUGUGUGUGUGAGAGAGAGAGAGAGAGAACAUUUGUCUAUAUACCUGUAGAAUAUAGACCAUGUGACUGUGGAUAGCUGAAUGUCAUAAACCCUAAGAAAUAGUCCAGGGCUACAGUAAGAUUUUCUUGGCCUUUUUUCACAUUGCAUUUGGUCUGGUAAGUAAGAUCCAUCAAAAAUCCUCUGUCCUCCAAGAGGGCCCCAAGAGUUGAGAGUACUGACCCCACCUUGGGAUGUCACCAAGAACAGAGCAAAUGGGACUAGCAAAGCUGUGCUGCCCUUGUUCCCACAAACAUACAGCUGAGCAGGAGCAUAAGCCGACCCUGACUUUCCCCUAGUGGCAGCUGGUGGCCAGACUUCCUGCCCUGUGACUGUGCACAGAGGACCAACCUCCAGGGAGCGAGGUGGCCGGGAACUCAUUGUUGGCCCUCCUGGGGAUGUCAGGGAGAGCGGCAUCCUGUCCUCUGCUGUGUGCCCCCAGGGCCUGUGUGCCAGCUGCUCACUGCCCAUCCCUUUUCCCUCUGCAUCUAGCCCAGCCCUGAGAACCAGCACAGGUGCAUUCUCCCCAGGGCUGGUGGAGCCUUUGGGGAACUUUGUUUUUUGGGGGGCAGAGCCCUUAGCAGCUGAACAAGAUGAGAGGCAGAGCAGGGAAUGUGUGUGGUGCUGGGCUGGGAUCCCAGUGGGACACUGGCGUGGAGGGUACUCGGGCCUGUCUGGGCUCAGGCUGCUGUCGCUUGCUGGGCUUUCCCUUUUUCAGUCUCUAGUCCUUCCCUGCUGAGCACCCCCUCCCCUCACUCCAUUGGUAUUUUCCCUUCCAUGUAUCACCAUUACAUCAAUCCCUUUUCCUCCAAAGACCCAGAGCACCUAGAAAUGUGUCACAGCAUCUGCUUUCUACCACUUCUUGCCCAAGCAAGAAGCUCAGAGCUCAUCCCUCCACUUCCUCCUCAAAUGAGAGAGAUUAAGAAAGCCUUGGGUCAGAACGAGACCAACUCAAGGCCAGCCCAUCAGCCUGCCUCUCUCCUCCUGGUGCAUGACAAACAAUUUAUUUUGUCCCAGGGGACCGUGAUGCUUCAAGGUUUAAUGAUGAUUCUUUGCCACACUCCAUCUUCUCUCCCCUGUAGCUCCCACCAACCCUGACAGGGUCAAAGCUGUUUAGAGCAUCUUCAGAAGGCAGUUGCCACGGAGACUGGAAAUUGGUCCCAGGGACAGGCUGUGCUACCUACUGGGUGGUGGGGAGGAAGCUUCUGGCCGUGCUUGAAUGUUCAGACCAACCGUCAUUAAUGUUAAUAGAGGAAAUGCAGCAAUGUCAAAAGCAAGGCAGGUUGGUUAAUUAGAUAUGGGGCCUGAUGGCCUCCCUUUUCCAGGGCUACAGCCCUUUUGACUUCCCCCAGCAGGAAGCCCUGCCUAUGUGCUGAGUCUGGGCCGCUUGCUUAAUUGCAUUUGUGGAAGGGAAAGAGAGUGGGGAUAGAGAACCCCUGCUCACCCCUUCCAGCCCACCCCUACCCUUCCCCUCCUCCCCACAGAGUAGUUUCUUCUGAAACUGGUGGGGGCAGCCAUGUGGGUGGGCUCUCCUGGAGGUGGAAUGCAGGAAUCUGUGUUUGGCUCUUAGCAAAAAAGGUGGCCUACAGUGAGAUGGCUGAUAUUUCCUUGUGCCUUCUCAUUUCCCAAUGGGAACUCCUUGGAAGGGGGGAGCUCUGAGAAGAACCAGGGAGGGGAUAGUCACUCUUGAGUGGGGACAAGGCAAGGAGAAAGCUCAGCCAGCUUUCUGCCCAUUCCCCUCCUAAUUUGCCAAAUUGGGGACAGUGGGUUCCUCUGUCUCUUUUACUGCUUUCCAAGAAUGGGAAAAGGAGAAUUCCCUGUCCGCUCCCUCCUCUUCCUCCGUGCCCAGACUGGCAGCUGCUGCUUUCAGGACAAGGCCACAGGGAUUGAUGCAGGUUUGGGGGCUCAGGUUCUGUUGCUUUGAAGAAGCUGGGGAGAGGGGACUAUUGGGGUGCCUCUCUGAAUAUGAGCUGUGGUCCCCAGGAGUCAGCAAAAGUGUGACAAGUCUCACAGACCUGCUGGUGGAGGAAGAAGACAGUUGUCCGUCAGUCAACUUAACCUCCAGCCAACUUGCUGAGCCACAUUUUAUAUUAACAAAAAAUAAUAAUUAUAAAAAAAAUAGGUUUCCAGAGAUAAUUGGAGGCCAAUUUAGUUUUGUAAUAAAUAGUGCUUGUCUUGAA